GGAUGGAGGCAUCUCCUCAUUCCCACCACCAUCAGCACUGUUCAACCGCAGAUCUUCACCUCCCGCCUUUUCUUCUUCUCCCGACUCGCUCCCUCUGUCAUCUCCGCUGCACCCAAGAGCAUCAACCACUCAACCACUCUCGAUUGUCUGUCAUCGUCCAUGGCUCUGUUCUCGCGCCUGACGCUCUUCGUGACCCUCGCCGCUCUGCUGAUGGCGACCAGCAUGGCCCAGGAGUGCGUGACGGACUCUGACUGCUCGGAUGAUGACUUCCCCUACUGCGUGAAGUUUGAUGAUGGAGAAAGGCGGUGCCAACAUGUGGACUGUGCACAUCCGACGAUUUGGGGGUGUUCGGAUGACGACGAUGACGACGAUACCAACUGUAACCACAUGAAGACAGAGAGCUUACUGGGCGUCAGUCAGUCAUCCCUAUUCCUCCCUCCUGUUCUGCUGUGUGGCGUGUCAGGGUGGUUAAUUGCCAUCAUAGUGCUGGUAAUUGUUCUUCCGGUUUGUGGCGUUGUUGCGUUGAUUAUUGCGUGUUGCACAUGUUGGGCGGCGCGGAAGCCCGCGCCGAGAGUGGUGAUGAUACAACCAAGGCCAAUGUGAGACAGCAAAACGAACAAACAGGGCACACUGCAACACGCAUCCAUCAUCGUGUGUGCCGCCAUCAACUGUGUCGUUCGUUGGUGUGUGUGUUUUGUUUUCAGGUACGUGCCCUCCCAGCCAGCUCCAACUCCCGCCUGUGUGUAGGCCCGGCUACCACUGCAAGCACGGGAAAUGUAAGUGUGGCAGUUCCACAGGCAGACAGACACACACGCGUGCCCAUCGUCAGUUCACAUGCCCUCUCUCCGUGUCAUGUGUGCUGCGUUCAGGCUUGCUUCUCCAGACUGCAUUCGUCUGUCUGUCUGCCUGUGAUUAUGUGUCCGUCACUGGUCUUUCAUCAAGUGUGUCGACAGAUGCGAGUCCAUGUGUGUGUGCGUGUGUACAGAACUGAUCUGCCUUGCUGUGCGUAUGCGUGUAUAUGUGAUGCGUCUGCACUGGAUAUAUAGUCCGACUGGCGUGCGGCGCCCUGCCCUUUGGCUGUGUGACAUGUGGUGGUUUACUCGUGU